AUGAUUUCUUUAGUACAAUUUGGGAUCGUCCUCUUUGUCGGCCUAGGAAGUAUUACCUAUGGCUACGGGUCCAGCAUCAUCGCUACGACCACCGGGCAACCUACUUUUCUAUCCUAUUUUGAACUUGAUACAAGGUCAAACUCAGCUGAUCUCUUGGGAGCUAUAAACGGCCUAUUCUCUGUUGGUGGACUGUUUGGUUGUAUCUCAUGUUUCUGGAUUCCUGACAGAUGGGGUCGCAAAAAGGCGAUUCUGUUUGCCUCUUUUACGUCCAUUAUCGGUAAUGGCCUGGCAGCUGGGAGCGUGCACAUUGCCAUGUUCAUCAUUGCCAGAUUGAUCACCGGCUUUUCUGUGGGGGCGCUGGUGAGUCUCGUUCCAUUGUAUCAGAGCGAGAUUUCCCCUCCCAAGAUUCGCGGUCUUCUUGUGGGCAUGCAUGGAACUGGUAUCGCUACUGGCUACGUCGCUGCUAGCUGGAUCGGCUUUGGGUUUUAUUUUGUCAGCGCAAGUGGCACCCAGUGGAGAAUGCCCCUGGCCAUCGGGGCAUUAUGGCCUCUCCUUCUUGCGGUCGGUGUGUUGAUGAUCCCGGAGUCUCCACGUUGGUUGCUUACAAAGAACCGUCCUGAUGAGGCCCUUAAGGCUUUCAAAGCUUGCCGAACCGAGUCUGGGCCCCGAAACGACGAGCAUGCUAUUACCGAGGAAUUUCACCUGUUGCAUUCUCAAGUGAUUGAAGAGAUGAAGGACCAUGUGCCUCUGAAGGAGUUCUUCACAAGGCCCGCCCUGCGCAAGAGAUGCUGGAUCGGUUGGUUGACCAUGGUUGCGGGUCAAUGUACAGGAACAAUUGUUAUCAACAACUACGGGCCUUUUCUUUACCGAAAUCUCGGUUUCAGCGUCGUCAACCAGCUUCUAAUCCAAUGCGGCUGGAUUACGGUAUGCCUCCUGGGCAAUGCUUUCAAUGCUGCAGUCAUUGAUUACUUCGGGAGAGUUCGAAUGCUACUCUUCGGAUUUUCUGGAGAUGUUAUUGCUCUCGCGGGCGAGUGUGCCGCAGUCGCUGUCUACCAACAUACUGGAUCAGCCGCUGCUGCCAAAGCUGCCGUGUUCUUCCUCUUCCUCCACAUUGGAUUCUACGGAUGGACAAUUGACGCCAGCACGUAUAUAUACGCGACGGAGAUUUUCCCCAAUCCUCUGCGUGCCCGCGGUAUUGGAAUCUCCUGUUCUGGUUUGUUUAUGGCUGUUAUCGUCUUUACUAGUGCUGCUCCGACGGCGUUCAACAAAAUUGGCUGGAAAUAUUACCUCGUUUUCACUAUCCUUACCGCUCUAAACGUCGUCAUCAUCUGGUUCUUCUUCCCAGAGACCAAAGGCUUAGCCCUUGAGGAUGUAGCCGAGAUUUUCGGUGACGGUAUUGUGCUCACAGACACCCGCGAAGAGCAGAUCCACCAGCGCUUCAAGCAAUCUCACUAUCGCACCGAAGUGCUUGAUGAAGUGACGCAUGACGAGGAUAUCCAAAUUCAGAUGAAAACCGAAGAAGCGAAGGUUGAACAUAUACCAUGA